UACAGCGUUUCUCGCGCGAUGGCUUCCAUCCUAGAAACCUGUCGUGAGCUGCUAUUGGAGCUUGGCGUGUACUUGUGGUGUACUGUGGCCAGGCUGGUGUUUGCGCUAUGGUUCUUCUGGAAAAAGCCUCUGCCAUUGCCAACUGCCACCGACAAGCUUCUGCUGCGUUCUGCUACAUCUCUUGCGGCCGACAUCAGAAAUGGCAAGGUCAAAAGCGUCGACCUCGUCUCGGCCUACAUCAAGCGCAUCCGGGACGUGCAGCCCGUCAUCAACGCUGUGGUCGAGGAGCGGUUUGAGGAAGCGCUCGAAGACGCCAAGGAGGUCGACCGACUGGUGGCAUCGGGAAAAAUGAGCGUCAGCCAAAUGAGCAAAGAAAAGCCGUUGUUGGGGCUGCCGUUCACUGCCAAGAACAGCAUUGCCAUCAAAGGUUUGCGACAGGACGCGGGCUCCCUUUUCUGGCGCGGGCGGCGGGCCGAGGAGGACGCCCCGAGCGUGGCGUUGCUCCGGGCAGCCGGCGCCUUCCCGCUGGCGCUGACCAACGUGCCCGAACUGUGCAUGUGGGGCGACUCGCAGAACCUGGUGGACGGCUGCACGCGGAACCCGCACGACACGCGCCGAAGCCCCGGUGGAAGCAGCGGUGGAGAGGGAAGCCUCCUGGCUGCAGCUGGCUCACUGAUUGGCCUAGGCACAGACAUCGCUGGAAGCGUGCGAGUACCAGCCGCCUACUGCGGGGUUUUCAGCCACAAGCCAACAGCCGGAGCGGUGCCCAACACUGGCCUGCUGCCAGAUGUUGGAGAAAAUCUGGAGGAGUUCAACUGCGUGGGUCCCAUGGCCAGGUUCGCGGAGGAUUUGCCGCUGAUGCUCAACGUCCUGGCAGGAAGUGCGACCAGCGGGCUUAGACUAAAUGAACAGGUGAAUCUGAAGACGCUGAAGCUGUAUUACAUGGAUACAGAAGAAAGCCUUUACAUCAGCCGUGUGACGUCUGAGGCUCGCCAAGCAGUUAGACGGGUCACCCAGUACCUGAGUGGGGCGCAUGGGCUCGAAGCGCAUCGGCUGCAUCUGCCCGAGAUGCGAUUCGGCAUGUUUAUGUGGUUCAACGUGGUUGGCAUCAAAGAGCCUAGACCUGUGGCCGAGAUGUUCCGUCCCGGUGGCUUCACUAUCUUAGUCGAACUGUUCCGCCACCUAGUGGGAGGCGGCCGGCACACACUUGCUGCGUUGGCCAUCUCCAGCAUGGCGCCGCUCUGUCGCUUCCUUUCGAAGCAGAAGGCUGCGGACUACAUCGUCUCCUUCGAAAUCGCCCGCGACCGGUUCGAGGAGGCGCUGGGAGACAACGGAGUGCUUGUCCUCCCCGCGGCCACCAGCGCUGCCCCGUUCCAGAAUCAGGACUUGCUAUUCUUUGAUUCGGCGGGCAUGACGGCACUGUUUAGCUUGUUCAAGGUGCCCGUAUCAGUGUGCCCCGUAAUGCUGUCAGCGGAGAAGUUGCCAUUGUGUGUCCAGGUGGUGGCGAAGAGGGGAAAUGACAGGCUAUGCUUGGCUGUCGCCAGGGAGGUCGAGAACCGCUUUGGUAGAUUUGAUCUUUCAUUGAAACCACAAGGGCGAGUCUGACGGCCCUGCGAUGGACACUUUAUUAUAGUUGGCCCUUCUUGUGAGUGCUUUAUGUGUUGGCGAGAAUUGCCAAGAAACUGUUUCCAGGUGUGGGCUAUCAGAAAGUAGGUGACUGCUUCAGGUGCAAUAGCUUGUACGUGUGCAAAAUAUUUUGUACAUUGGUUAACCUGGGGAGGGAAAACAUGCACCGUAGAAAGCACGUGACAGUUUCAAAAAUCAGGCGUCACAUCCGCGUAUAAAUAUAUUUUCUCUUGUAUGUUAUUUUAAACAGUCAAACAGAAAGACUAACAUUUCUAGCGGUUUGUUUUGCAGGAAGUAUUAAUAAAAAGAAUUGAAGCUUU